AGCCGAGGGCUGUGCGCCGAGCCGCGACGGGCGGGAGCCGGGCGGGGGCGCGAGGCGAGCGCAGCUGCAGCCUAAGCGGACGAGCGCGCGGAGCGGGCGGAGCGAGCGCCCAGGACCGAGCGCGGGCGGAGCGGGGCUGGAGCAGGCGCGCAGCGGCGGCCGCCCCGGGGGAUGCGGCUGCCUCCCCGGGCUGGCGUGUAGGGAGGGCGGGUCCCCGGCCUCGGCGGCGCGGCGGUGGAGGGGACCUAGACUGCGACCAUGGCGACCCCGGGCAACCUGGCGUCCUCCGUCCUGGCGAGCAAGACCAAGACGAAGAAGAAGCACUUCGUGGCUCAGAAAGUGAAGCUGUUCCGGGCCAGCGACCCGCUGCUCAGCGUGCUCAUGUGGGGGGUCAACCAUUCGAUCAACGAGCUGAGCCAUGUUCAAAUCCCUGUCAUGUUGAUGCCUGAUGACUUCAAAGCUUACUCAAAGAUAAAGGUUGACAACCACCUUUUUAACAAGGAAAACAUGCCGAGCCAUUUCAAGUUUAAGGAGUACUGCCCGAUGGUCUUCCGGAAUCUGCGGGAAAGGUUUGGAAUCGACGACCAAGAUUUCCAGAAUUCCUUGACCAGAAGUGCACCCCUUCCCAAUGACUCCCAGGCUCGCAGCGGGGCUCGGUUUCACACGUCCUAUGAUAAAAGAUACGUCAUCAAGACCAUUACCAGCGAGGACGUGGCAGAGAUGCACAACAUCCUCAAGAAGUACCACCAGUAUAUAGUGGAAUGUCAUGGGGUCACCCUUCUUCCUCAGUUCUUGGGAAUGUACCGGCUUAAUGUCGAUGGAGUGGAAAUAUAUGUGAUUGUUACAAGGAACGUGUUCAGCCACCGUCUAUCUGUAUAUAGGAAAUACGACUUAAAGGGCUCGACAGUGGCUAGAGAAGCUAGUGAUAAAGAAAAGGCCAAAGAGCUGCCAACUUUAAAGGAUAAUGACUUCAUCAAUGAGGGCCAGAAGAUCUAUAUUGAUGAUGACAACAAAAAGAUAUUCCUGGAAAAACUGAAAAAGGAUGUCGAAUUCCUUGCACAGUUAAAACUCAUGGACUACAGCCUCCUGGUGGGGAUCCACGAUGUGGAGCGAGCAGAGCAGGAGGAGGUGGAGUGUGAGGAGAAUGAUGGGGAAGAAGAAGGAGAGAGCGACAGCACCCACCCAGUCGGGACACCACCAGACAGUCCGGGAAAUACACUCAACAGCUCGCCACCCUUGGCUCCUGGAGAGUUUGAUGCAAACAUUGAUGUUUAUGCAAUUAAAUGCCAUGAGAAUGCGCCUAGAAAAGAGGUGUACUUCAUGGCGAUUAUUGACAUCCUUACUCAUUACGAUGCAAAAAAGAAAGCUGCCCACGCUGCAAAAACUGUUAAACAUGGCGCUGGCGCUGAGAUCUCGACUGUCAACCCAGAGCAGUAUUCAAAGCGCUUUUUGGACUUUAUCGGGCACAUCUUGACGUAACCUUCUGCACAGCCCCGGAUGGGCAUGAGCUCGGGAAGGCUGGUGGCAGCGGCUUCAGUGUAGGAAAAAAAGGAAACCCGAACCCCAGGAAGCACUCACCUUGCAGGAAGCAAACCUUGUUUACAUCUUCAAGCUGAGAUGACUGAAGUUGGGGACUACUCGCUUUAACAGCUACCUGAUAUUUCCCAGCAUCGCUAUUUCUGACUCUGUACGUGUGCACACAUGUGCGUGCACAUACUCUCGCGCACAUUUUUAAAUAAUUAAUUAAUUAAUUAAAACUGAUCCGCUUGAAUCAGAGCUUGUAACAGCCAGACCCCUCUGAUUCCAGCUGUGGCCCCACAAAUAGAUGAAGAGAUGAGCUCGUGGGGGAGGGGAAUGGAAAUGCACCUCAAUGCAGCACCACAAGAGAAACUGUAGAUCAGUUUGUUUUCUGACUUGAAAGAUGUGAGAUUAUUCAUCAGGGUGGUGGUGGUGAUGAUGAUGAUGAUGAUGAUGAUGAUGAUGAUGGUCGUGAUGAUGAUCAUGAUCACGAUGACGAUCAUGAUGAUAAUUAAAAGAAAGAAAAAUUUAUAUCAAAUGUUACACUUCUGGCCCACAGAAAGACUACUUCUGAAUAGUGGUUACCUAAGCCCACAGCCCUGGUAAAGGGAUGCUAGCAUCUCCCUGUGUUCUGGUUCAGGGUUCCCUCCUAACACUGUCACCAUCCCCAGAUGUCCCAGGCUAAGCCCUUCAUCUUCCAAGAGUCUGAUGCCAAGAACCUGUCUACAAUUUCACCUCCAGGGAACCGCUAGUUUUUCUCGUCUCACCUGGAGCCCGUCACUGUUACCAUCCUUAUAUUGAGCUGCAGAAAUUCUCUCUGCAAAACAGAUGUAAAACGUCCCUGAAAGGUGCAUAGUUUGGGGCAAAUGCAGCUACAUCUCCCACUGCAGGAAGAUGAGCAAGGAGUUCAAACCCUCCUGUGGCCGAAGGCAAACCCAGUUAUACGAGGUCUAUGUUUAGCCAUUGUUUAGGAAUGGAAUUUUGUUACGAAUUAUCCCUUUAACUGAAACCCUCAGUUUUACUGUUUACAUGGUUAGAGAAACAGGGAUAUUUUUGAAUCUAAAAAUUUAAUAUACAGCAUGUGGUUUUUGAAGUUUACAUGUAAAGCCAUUUUGCAGUGUAGGGAACAUAAUGUUUGUUGUGUUUUGAGAUAUGUCUUGCAGUUGUGUUUCUGAGUGAGCGUUUUGUUGAGAGUGCUUAGUAGACAGUCUAUCACAUAGAAGCAAAAGGAUUUUGUUCCUCAAGAUGUGUAUUUAUCAAUCUAGUAGGGUUUUUUUCUAUAAAAAAAUUAAACUCAAAAUCUGGUUAUGUAAGUUCAUUGCCCUAAACUGUGCUGAUCAUGUGUAACUGAGAUUAAAAACAAAACAAAACAAAACAAAACAAAACACCUUCCAGCAUCAAUUAUGUAUCUUCCAACUUCCCUGCAUUCCUAAAAGGCCUCAAGUUACAGAGUCCUAGAUUUGCUUAGCGUCCAUUACCAACUUACACGCUGUGUGGCAGCUGUGCCUUUAAAAGCCCCUGUCUCAUAUGUGAGAUGGUUUCUGUAGGCAGUUUUAGAAAGGAAAAAAAAAAUCCACCUUUCAAUAAUUACAAGUCACCAAGUCCCCUGCCAGGCUGCCUUCCCAAUCACUUUCCUUUUGGCCUCUCCAGAUCCAGCUGUGCCCAACAUGUGUGGGCUGCCUUCACAGCAUCUGGAAGCCAGCAUCAACACCAUCUCCUGUGUACUGACCCGCCACAGAUUCAUUAGCUGAUGAUGUUAACUCCACUGUAACAUAGUUGUACACAUCUGUACUGGAUGCAUUUAAAAUAACCAAUGCUGAAUGACUCAGUUUCUGGGCACUGUUAACUGUAGUGUCUGAUCCGUUUGAGUGUUCUGAAGCUCUGCUGUUAACCUUUGAUCCCCAAACUUACAAACCCAAAACCCUAAAGUUAAAAAAAUGAAGGUACACAUACAUGAUCUGAGUAACCAUUUCCUCUGUGGCCAAUCUGUAUGCUUUUAGAAGUUUACAAAAAUGCUUUGGUUUUUGUCUGUAACCAUCUCUGUCAUGCAGAUAAGCUGUUUGGACAAGAGCAAGAACAGUGCUAACAGUGCGCGCUCGAGUCAUGAGCCGGGCUUUACGAAUAAAGCACUUUGAUGACUCUCUUA